GCACUCCCUUCUCGUCGUCAACCUUUAUCUGCAACCCGGAGUUGGCAUGUGCCAACUGGAUCGUGGCGGGAGACUGGAACUUCCCCUCCCACGAGCUGGAGGCGACCAUCUCCACCGGCAACUGCCUUGACUACGCCCUCGCUUCAGUCCGUAUCGCCUUCUUGCUUCAGUGUUCUGUCAACUGGAGUGCCUUUACAGGGUCCCUUCGAGACCCCACGGAUGGGCCAACGGUGGGAUUGGGGGCCGACUCGCCCGGGGACGCCCAUCUCCCCUUCCCCAUUCCCGGCCUCCCGUGGAAUGGGAAAGAGGCCGCGUGGUGGCAGAAGCUGCAAAGCUUGGGCAUUGGAGAGGGGGGGCAUCUGACCCCCUCCCCGGUUGACUUUGUGUGCACACCCCAAAAGGACUACCAGCUGUGGCUCACUGGGGCUUCUGACUUGCAAGGCCUUUGGUGCAUGAGCAUCGAGCGUGACAUUGAGGAGAUUGUGACACUCACCGAGCAGAUAGGGAAUCUCUCUUUGAACAUCUCCGUGGUAGUCCAAGCCUCACCCCCUGCAACAUCCAGUGGUUCUUCUUUGACGCCGCCGGCUUCUACAUCUUCGGCUGCACAGCCUGCUGCUAUUCCCGAUUGGGCCUUACGCCCUGUUGACGACGAACCUUCUCAGGAAGUUCUUUCUUUGGCUCGGCAGCUGCGGUCUUCUGUGAACGGCUACGGCCCUAACGAGAGGAUUCGUCGCGCUUUCACUGCUGGGCUUGAGGCAGCUAGCAAGAUUCGAGGCGACCGGGGCUACUUCAGUGGAUCUCAGGUGGGUGGCCGCAAGAUCGUCUACGUGGUCCUUUUCGGCGCCGACGUCACCGAGCCCUUCAUCACAUCCGAUUUCGCUUACUACAGCCGCAUCGUGAAGAACGGUCCCGGUGGUUCUUGGGAUCCCAUUUCGGUGCCCUCCUACUUGGGCCAAUGGCGAACAGCGGAGGACCCAGCUGGGUACAGCAAGCUCUUUUUCAAGUUCGAAGAGACGAUUGCGCAUGCUUUCAUCGUGCGGGCCGUGGACUCCGGAUUCGUCAUUUGCGUCCCCCCCGCUGCCAUACCGGAGGAGACUUUGCAACAGGCCACUGCAGAGCAUUACGAAGGUUUGUUCGGGCCUUGGACUGCUACCACCAUACGGGCGAUGUCAUCUACCGGGCGCGAGCUGCAGCGCACUCUGCCCUGUUUGUUGGUCGACAUCAACGCGGCCGGCGUCGAUCACCUUUCCGAGGCGAUCCCCGAGUCCGAGCCGACCCCUUUUGGAACUCACCGUCUGCAGUCCGUGUGGCCCUCCGCGCGGGCCGCUGUGGUGGCUCUGGAGGCCUUUCUCAACGGCGACGAGCUGGUCUUGGAAGACUUCGAACGCCUCGAGGGCUACUACACUGCAGUCUCCGAAGCCGAGGCGAAGCUGGCUUCUCUCGACUCCGUGGACGAGCGCCUCAAGCAGCUGGAGGCGGGAUCUCGCGAUCCGCCCCCCGCCCACGCAGCAGUAGGUGGAAGGACCACUCCUGCAGAUGGCAUCCCGGCUUGGGCUCCGCAACUUUUCACGGAGGGUGCUCGAAGCGCUUUGGCUCCGGGGCAGGUGCAGAAGCUGUUGACUCUAGCAGGCCGUGGCCCCACGCAGUUGGGGGAUCUUCCCGGCCCGGAUCUGGGCUCCACUUCGCUGGCGCUGGGAGCUCGCGCCAAGGCCAAAACCACACCUCCUCAGCCAUCUGCCGCCGCGCUCGAGGAUGUCGAGGAGGUCGUCGACGAGCCCGAGGGUGCAGAGGUGGCAAGCGUUCGAGGAAUGGCUGCUCGGCAACUCUUGAAGGACCAGUUCCAGCGGAACCCCUUGGCGAUCCACACCAGCGUCAAGGAGCGCCUGGCGCAAGUGAGGAGGCGUUCUUCAGUGGCAGAGGUGGAGCCGAGGGACAUGUUCCUUCACUUCCAGGAGACCGUUCCGCUCGGCAACUUCAAGACCCUGACCUACUUAGCCUUCCUCAUGUGCGACAUGUGGGAAUCCAUCGAGCACGGUCGUUCCGAGGAGCUGAUGUCGCUGGUGGCUCUGGGGUUGGUCUUCUGCGAGCAAGUGGCUCACGAACAGGGCCAGACUCGUCUGGCUUGGCUCCUGACGUGUCGCGAGGACCCUCCUUUCUCACUGGUGGAAACCAGAAAAGCACCCCGAAGCGAAGUUCCCCACGGUGCGCUGUCGGAUCCUCGCUGGGCCAGCCACAAGAGGGAGUACCACCAAGAGGCCCAGGUCGCAGACGACCACCGAAGGCUAGCGGGCCGGCGCAAGGCGCGCUGGGUACUCCGGCUCCACCGCAACACCUGGGUCCGCCUCCUUGUGGCAGCGGGCAACUUUCUUGUGAGUGGCAGGCCUGAGAUCCCUACGCAUGCCAUGCAGCCCCCGAGCAGAGCUCAAGAGUCGAUGAUUGCUCAGUUUGAGCGGCACGUUGCAGCUUGGGUUCGCCUGGGCACCGGGCCCAGACGCGAACUAGACCGUGCAGUCCAGAAGUUUUCUAUUCUUGAGGAUCAGCUCAGCUAUUUGCGUGAACGCAGUCAUGCUCUUUUUGCGCAGUUUCAACCUUACAGCAAGGCUCGGGCGUCUCAAGCUGCGGAUUGUGAGACACAAGGACCGAAGAGCUCUUCUACGCCGCCUCGUCCACACACAAGUGGUGAGCGGCCCAAUCCCGCACCAAGGAUGCCCCCGCAGACGACUAGCCUCCGCAUUGAUCCCAAGCGUUUGGUGUUUGAAGCACCCCCGGCUUUUGAGGCAAGCAAAUACAUCACCGACCCUCUGCUGAAGAGUGCUUUCUAUGAUCCCCGGGUGCUCCUCAAGCCCGAAAGCCAGUGGCCCAAGACGAAGCUGGCUCGUGUGAUGGCAUCCAGAGAGGAACAGUUUGAGCUCUUCAGAAAGUGGGACGGGGUUCAGAGUUUACACUUACUGCCGGCAGCUUCAUCUGAAGCCAGAUACAGAUGCGGGCUUUUCGCUGUCUACAAAAGCGACGAGGUGGAUCGCCAGAUCUUGAAUCCUAUUCCGGAGAAUGCCAGGUGCUUCUCGAUUUCGGAUUCCACCUUGUCGCUGGCACAUGCCAGUCUCCUCGGUCAAAUUUUCAUCGCUUCGGACCAGAACCUAGUCAUUGGAUCAGAUGAUCUAAAGGACUUCUAUCAUGGGUUCGUGGUUUCGGAUAUUCAUGCUGGCAGAAACCACAUUCAUGGGGUCUUCAGGGGCUCUGAUUUUCGUGGCUUCAAUGCAUACAACCCUGAGCUUGAUGAUCAGCUGGUGGUGGGUUGUUUCCGGAGCCUGGCGAUGGGAACAAGCUAUGCCGUGGAAACGGCGCAGCAUGCGCACAGCGUACUUUUGCAGCGAGCCUCAUGCCUACGCAGUUCAGAUCAAGUUGCAUAUAAGUUUCCUUUUCCUAGAGGACCUGGAUUCGAGCUGUUGUGCAUCGACGAUCAUGCUUUCCUACUUUUGGUUUCGAAGGCAGAGGCCUCGCGAGCUCCCGACAUUAAUCGAGCUGAUCUUGCACUCUUUGCUCGCGCAGCUGAUAUGUAUCAUAAGGCGAAGCUACGUACCUCUACAAAGAAGGCUGUGCGCAAUUCCUACCACGCCACAGUCUUAGGCGGUGAGAUCGAUGGCAAGGUCGGCGAGAUAUCAGCCCCUAAGCUCAGGGUUACAGUGCUUUGUGCGCUCUCUUUUCAGCUUGCCGUGCUCGGUUUCGCGACGAAGGAGAUCCUGUCCAGCUUAGUUGGGUCAUGGGUGUAUGUGAUUAUGUUCAGGAGGCCUUUCAUGAGUCUGAUUGGUGAGCUAUACCACGAGCUUGCAAACCAUCAGGAUGGAGUUGUGUUUGCUUUAUCACAUGACUCUAGACAGGAGCUUCUCCUUUUGACAUUGUAUGCACCGUGUAUGACUACAGACCUUCGUGCAUAUCCUUUGGACCGGGUCUUUUGCACAGACGCUUCGUCGUACGCAGCCGGAGCCUGUGAGGCACAGUUGCCGCCUGAAGCUUGCUUGGAGCUCCUUCGUCACGCAGAUCACAAGGGAUAUCACACCCAGCUUAAGUUUCAGGUUUCUGCAUAUUUGGAACAGUUCAAUGCCAGUGAUUUUGCAGACGAUACCACCCCGUCCAUCCCUCGAGGGUUGACUGAAGGAGUAUUGUUUGAUGUCUGCGAAGUUUUUCGUGGCGAUUGUGAGCUCAGCAACCUGUUCCGAAGCAGAGGCUUCACAGUUCACCCUGGGUUCGAUCUCGCGGCUGGGCAGAGUGGUGACAUCAGUUUCCCCUACACCAUGUUGCACAUCAUAG